AUCAAAUGUCAAAAUAAACAACAAGGAUACCGAAGAAGUAGAAUCCUUCCACUAUCUCGGAUCUACCAUAAAUAACAAAGGUACUCCGGAUAGUGCUAUCACCUAUAAUAUAGAAAAAGCAAAAAUGCAAUAAUUAAAAUUAAACCAAUACUUAAAUCUAAAGAACUCAACCUUGAUACCAAAGCCAAGAUGGUGAAUUCCUCAAUAAUCCCCAUUCUUACAUAUGGUCUAGAAUCAAUAGUACUAAGAAAGCAAGAUUGGUCUAGACUAGAAGCGGUGUUAAAUACAGUAAGACGGAUAAUUCUAAAUAUAAAUGAUAGAAAACAAUAUACCGUUGAGCAACUUAAACUUAAAAUAAACUUACCAAACCUAGCCAGUAAAAUCAUGCAAAACAGACUAAACUUGUGGUAUGUAGCGCAUAAAAGAUCAAAUAACCUAAUGGUGAGGUCUUUAUAUAGUAACUUUGAAAAUCAGUGCAACAAUAGGAAGGCCCAUACUAAAAACUGGCUAAGACAACUAUUUCAAGACAUUAAAGAAAUGGGUGAGCGCCUUCCUAAUAACUGGAUAAACCAACCCAACAAGGUUAAAAUAAACGCAUAUCAAGAUCACUUUCCAAAAAUAACAGGGAAACGACAGCUGAACCAUGUAUGCCAAAAUGCAAACUGUAACAGAAAAUUUGCUACAAUUAAAGAAAUGAACAAACACAUUAGAAAUGAUCACCAAAAUAAAACUAAUAGUGAGUCCCAAUAUAGCUGUCCCUUAACUGACUGUAAUAAAACGUAUAAGACGUUGGGUUGGUUAAAUAGACACAUGCAGUCAUGCCACCCACAAUAUAAUCUAACUAAAGCCGAACCCAAAACCAAAGUUAAUAAAAUAAACUCCAAUAACGAACAAAAUAAAUGCCCAUACCCAGGCUGCAACAAAACUUUACCAACUAAAAAAGGUAUAAUAAAUCACUGCUAUGUAGUACAUAGGUGGUCAGCAAUCACCGGACAGGAAGUAAAACCAAAGACAAAAAAUAAUGCAAAAACAGCUAUGGCGCCCCGGUAGUUGUGCCGUGCUUCGAUGUAGCCUCUUCUCCAGAAGGGCCUAAUAGGCUUCACCAACUAGUUUGGCUGGAAGAAGCACCACAGGGAUGGGAGGCAAAAUCCGACUCACACGUCCUCGUCGUGCCUCCUGGAUCAUGGGACUGAUUCCAUGAACUAACGUGAGCGGUAACCCGGGUGGUGGAGAUCGGGCUAAUCACCCUCUCUACCUAUACCUACCCCUGAUUACGAAAGCUACAAAGAAUCAUUGCACAAUUAUACCUGGAAUGAAAAAAGAAAAAAAAUGCCCAAAAUUACCAAAAACUUAAAAUUGGUUUAUGGAAUGUCCGGGGUUGUUCACAAGAGAGCAAACUCCAAGAGAUAGCAGAGCAAAUAGCUGAACGCAAGUACCACAUAGCAGUGAUCACGGAAACUAGAAUGACCUCUAAAAUUAUUGAUAUGGAUAACAACGGAUUAAGCUUUUAUAACUCUAACCCAGACAUUAAUGACUACCGAAAUACUGGUGUUGGUUUUCUGGUAAAUGACCAAUCUAUGAUAACUACCACCGAUUUUGAAGAGGUAGAUGGCAGAAUAGCUAUCAUUAAAAUACACAGUAAGGCUACCAAGCAGACUAUUAACCUUAUCGGUUGCUACGCCCCAACCGAAUCUUCUAAUGAUCACCCUCUCUACCUAUACCCAACCCUUAUUACGAACUCCACAGAUAAACGCAGCACAACUACAUUUGGAAGGGAAAAAGACAAAAAAUCUUCUCGAAAGUGUUGCAUGUAUCAUACGGAGUUGCUCAUCAUUUGGCAAACUCCAAAAGUUUGCAGAAAGAACCAUAAUAGUCCGGGUAGUUGUGUGGUGAUUCAACGUAACCCACAAAGAUACAUGGCACGAUUACGUUUGAAAUGGAAAGUGACAAAAUUCUUGAAAGUGGUGCAUGUAUCAUCUGAAGUUGUUCAUCACUGGGCUAACUCCAAAGGAUUGCAGAAACAACUAUUCUAGCCCCGGUAGUUGUGCCGUGCUUUGAUGUGGCCUGUUCCUCCCCAGAAGGGCCAAUCGGCUUCACCAACUUGUUUGGCUGGAAGGGGCACCACAGGGAUAACUGGCUUGUGGCGGCCAAGCUUUCAUAGCGACGUCGCUUUUUGAUCCUUCGAUAAUGAACGAGGGGAAAAUAUAUAUAUAUCCAUGAAAAAACACGAAAAUAAUCACAAUGUUCAAAAAAAAAUUAAAAAUAAGCAAUGAUAUAUAAAAAAUCCCAAAAUGGAACAGACUCACAGUUGCAAUUAGGUGUACCAGAUCACGUCGGGCUCACCAAUGAUGAUGUCACAGGUAUUCAGUGUUUGACAACGCUUCUACCAGUAACACCUAAUAUAUUUCGUUCCCACCAAGAGAAAUCAAAAGACAGAGUCGAGGAGAUCGGAAGAGUAUAUUUGGCGAUGACCAAUAUAUCGGAAUUCUCUGAUCUAAUCUGGCUAGCGAUUGCGGUUGAUGUUGAGCACGGCGUUACCACACGUGAUCUGGUGCGGAUGCCUGACCGAGCGCCUUCAGCUAUAUGAGUCCACUAAAACAUAUGGUCAGCAUCCAAUGUCGAAAACUUACAGAGCUAUUUAUUUUAGGGAUUUAUUUACCGCUACAGAUCACUCCCCCUCUAGUGGGGCAGUGACGACCCUAAG